AGUGUGACCUGGUGUUUGUGUGACUGUGUACGUGUGUGUGCUUGCGUUGCAGCUGGCAAGGAGAAGGAAUCCUACGUUGUCUAUCUGCAUGCUUGUGGUUGGAUGUGCUGGUGUCCGUGGUGUGUGUGUGUGUGUGUGUGUGUGUGUGUGUGUGUGUGAGACUCGUGUUUGUGUGACUGGAUGUGAAUGGCAGCUGCUCACUGUACAAGCUCCUCUACUUUUUGGAUCAUGUUUAGAGGGGUGUGUGGUUGUGGUUAGGUUGUGUUUGUGCUUAUGUCUUUUGUGACCCUGUGUGUGUGUACCUUGGUGUAGGUCAACAUCUGUGUUGGGUUUGGACUUCUGUGUGGCUGACUGAAGAUGUGGGUGGAGUUGUGACAGUGUGUUAGUAGGACUGUGACUGUGACGAUGGCCAUAUGUGGCACGAUGUGCUUAUGUCUGACUGAUUUUGUCUCUGUGAGCGUCACCGCACUGCUGUCGUGUUUGAAGUCAUAUUGUGCCUGGGUUUGUGGGAUGGCAGUGCGUAUGUCCCUAGCCAUGUCUGUGUGUGUGACUGAGGUUGUACAAAUGGCUCUCCACCUAGCUGUGUGAUACCGAGUACGUACCACAGCCACCUAUGUGUGAUUUGAGUUGUGACUAUCUGAAACUCUUGUCUACUAUGAAAGGCCAGUUGUGUGGGACUCAACCUGCACCUGGGGGUGCACAGGUGGACCAGCUUCUGUUCCUCUGUGUGUGUGUGACCCAGUUGUCUGUGACCCUGGGGGACUCUAUGCUGGUGUCCUAGCCUGGGAGGGUGUGUGUGAUUUGUGGUGAAGUGACUGUGUUUUCCAUGUAAAGCCAGCUGUAAAUGCUGACUGGGUCACGUCGUUUGUGUGUGCACCCAACUGUGUACUUGUGGUGUGGAGAACCGAACUGUGUGUUUUAAGUUCCUCUCUGUAAGACUUUGAGUAUUAGUGGGGCUGUGAUUUUGUGUAUCUGUCCACGUGGGGUAGUGAUUGAUUAUAUGCGGCCACAUUCUUGCCUACGUGACUUGAAUCCUCACGGAGACUGUUUAUCUGUGAUAGGAUAACAUGGUACUGCUGUGGAUGGGACACCAGCAUGACAGAUGGCUGGGCGCCAUCGGCACUGAUGCAGAGUGACUCCAUACACAACUGUUUCUGGAAUGUAUGUGACUGUCUGAGGCCGGCCAUCCUCGUCCCUCGGCCUCUGGCUGAUGGUACGCUAUGUCUGUAAUGCUCGGGCUGUGGCUAUCAGUUUCGACAGCAUGUGGCUGUCCAUGAAGAGAGGCUCAUACGUAAGAGCGGUUGUCUCAGAGGAGCGAGCAGUGCGUGUGACGACCAGACGUAGGCAUGCCCCUGGUAGUCUGUGACUCUGUCAAAGUGUGUUGAUGUAACUGGUGCUGCUUGAGGGUGAAUGACCUUGUGCAUCUACAGCUGUGUGUUGCUGGGGUGUGGAGGGGGUGCCGGGCUUGGUAAGACCAGUGUGCCUCAGUUCACGUAGGUGAUUGUGCUCCUGUGUGACCAAGUGCUUAUGGUGACCCGAGAGGUGGCCAGUCUGUAUGUGUUUCCGCCUAGGGUGUGUGCCUUAGGAGACACAGCUGUCAUGAGGUGGACUUGGACACGCAUCCCCCGUAUGCAUGUGCCUGCUCCAGUACAUAGCCCAGAAAACGAGUGGAUGUUAUCAGUUGUUGGAUUGAGGUGGACCCAGGAGACCUGGUCAGCAUUUGUCCCCAGCCCCCUGUGGGGCCUCGGGGCCCCCUGAAACCUUCAGGACGGAGUCAGACGGGGCGGGCACCAUGAACAAGUUACGGCAGAGUCUGCGGCGGAGGAAGCCAGCCUAUGUGCCCGAGGCAUCGCGCCCACACCAGUGGCAGGCAGACGAGGAUGCAGUGCGCAAGGGCACAUGCAGCUUCCCUGUCAGGUACCUGGGUCACGUGGAAGUAGAGGAGUCCCGGGGGAUGCAUGUUUGCGAAGAUGCUGUGAAGAAGCUGAAGGCGAUGGGCCGGAAAUCCGUGAAGUCUGUCCUGUGGGUGUCAGCCGAUGGACUCCGAGUGGUGGACGACAAAACCAAGGACCUCCUUGUAGACCAGACCAUCGAGAAGGUCUCCUUCUGCGCUCCUGACCGCAACCUGGACAAGGCUUUCUCCUACAUAUGCCGUGACGGCACCACGCGCCGCUGGAUCUGCCAUUGCUUUCUGGCUCUCAAGGACUCCGGCGAGAGGCUGAGCCACGCUGUGGGCUGUGCGUUCGCUGCCUGCCUGGAAAGGAAGCAGCGGCGGGAGAAAGAGUGUGGAGUGACGGCUGCCUUCGACGCCAGUCGCACCAGCUUUGCCCGAGAGGGCUCCUUCCGCCUGUCGGGGGGCGGCAGGCCUGCAGAGCGUGAGGCUGGGGACAAGAAGAAAGCAGAGGCAGCAGCCGCUCCCGCUGUGGCUCCUGGCCCUGCCCAGCCUGGGCACGUGUCCCCAACACCAGCUACCACAUCCCCUGGUGAGAAGGGGGAGGCAGGCACCCCAGUGGCCGCAGGCACCACUGCUGCUGCCAUUCCCAGGCGCCACGCACCUCUGGAGCAGCUGGUUCGCCAGGGCUCCUUUCGUGGGUUCCCGGCGCUCAGCCAGAAGAACUCACCUUUCAAACGUCAGCUGAGCCUGCGGUUGAACGAGCUGCCAUCCACCCUGCAGCGCCGUACCGACUUCCAGGUGAAGGGCACAGUGCCUGAGAUGGAGCCUCCUGGUGCCAGUGACAGCGAUGGCAUCAAUGCUCUGUGCACACAGAUCAGCUCAUCCUUUGCCAGUGCUGGAGUGCCAGCGUCAGGGCCACCAUCUGCCACAACAGGAACUUCUGCCUGGGGCGAGCCCUCUGUACCCCCUGCAGCUGCCUUCCAGCCUGGGCACAAGAGGACACCUUCAGAGGCUGAACGAUGGCUGGAGGAAGUGUCCCAAGUGGCUAAAGCUCAGCAGCAGCAGCAGCAGCAGCAGCAGCAACAACAGCAACAGCAGCAGCAGCAGCAGCAGCAGCAAGCAGCCUCCGUGCCACCAAUGCCCAGCAUGGCCCCCACCCUUCCACCCUUUUCUGCCCCCGUGGGGCCCUUUGACACUGCAGCUGCCCAGGUGGCUGUGUUCUUGCCACCCACACACAUGCAGCCUCCAUUCGUGCCCGCCUACCCAGGCCUGGGUUAUCCACCCAUGCCCCGGGUGCCAGUGGUGGGCAUCACCCCUUCACAGAUGGUGGCCAAUGCCUUCUGCUCAGCUACCCAGCUCCAGCCCCAACCUGCCACACUGCUUGGAAAAGCCGGGGCCUUCCCCCCACCUGCUGCACCCAGCGCCCCUGGUGGCCAGGCCCGUCCACGCCCCAAUGGGGCGCCUUGGCCCCCAGAGCCAGCGCCUGCCCCAGCCCCUGAGUUGGACCCCUUUGAGGCCCAGUGGGCAGCAUUAGAAGGCAAACCCGCUGUGGAGAAGCCCUCUAACCCCUUCUCUGGUGACUUGCAGAAGACCUUCGAGAUUGAACUGUAGCCCAUGUUGCUUUGCGCCCACUUCAUCAGCCCCGGGUGCACCACACUCAGAAGGGGAGGCCCAGCCUCUCCCCUAUUGCUGCUCCCCGGGCUGCGCCCCUCACCACACCCUCUAAGCCCUUCUCUCCGCCACCCCUCACAAACCACUACAGAACCAAUAUUGUGAUGCCUAGGUUGCGCCAAGAUGGAAUUCAGGGAUGGACCCAGCCUGGCUAAGGGAACCAUUUCACUGCCGGACUUAGGCUGGCGAUGCCCCUUACCCAGCCCCAGAUACGGAAUGCCCUCGGUUCAAGCUACUUUCCCCAGUUUCUGUUGCCCUUCCACCUUUCAGUGUUGGGCAGGAUGGAGGAGGGAUGUCCACUUUGGGGCGCUCCUGGACCCACCUCAAGCCUGGUCAUCCCUUCCCCGCCCCGUACACACAGCACAAGCCAAGGGCUUCCCCUCUGCCCACGCUGCGUUCACUGCCAAUGCUGUGCUUGCCCAGUCCCCCUCCCCCAUUCGGGGACCAUGUCUUCCGUAGGGCCGAGGUCUCACGGGGUGGGGCCCGACUGGGGACCCAGGAGAGGGGGAGGGGGGAGGGACAAAGACGCUCAGUUACCUCAUGUCGGUGCCCGCUGGGGAGGGGUCCCAGAAGAGGAGGAAGGGGUGCCUGGCGGGUACUUUUCUAUCUUUUAUUUCCAGAUUUUUU